UCAGGUAAGAUUGCAGCAAACACUCCCAAGAUCACCAUGGAUUUCUUUCCUUCUAUCCAAACAAUUCUAUUUGCUCUGGCUUUGCUAUUUCUCUGUGGUUUUUGGCGAACUAUGUCCAUAGGCCGCAGGAAGAGCAAAAGCAAGAAAAACGGAGUACCUGAACCAUCUGGUGCGUGGCCUUUGAUUGGUCACCUACAUCUCCUAGGUGAUAAAGCACCAGCCUGUAAAAUCCUUGGAGCCCUUGCUGAUAAAGCUGGCCCUAUUUACUCACUCAGGUUGGGCAUGAACCGAAUAUUGGUGGUGAGUGGUCGGGAAAUGGUAAAGGAAUGCUUGACUACAAACGACAAAAUUUUUGCCACCAGAGCGAGCAUAGCAGCCGGAAAAUACAUCGGUUACAAUAAUGCAAUCAUUGCAUUAGCCCCUUAUGGAGAAUACUGGAGGGAAAUUAGAAAGCUGGCUACUCUUCAGCUUCUAUCGAACCACCGGCUUGAAGUUCUUAAGCAUGUCAGGUUAUCAGAAGUGGACAUGUUCUUGAAAGAUUUGUACAAUAUUUACGUAGAGAAUGUGAGAAAUCCUUCCAAGGUGACGAUAAGCAAGUUGUUUGAGCAAGUUACGUUCAAUAUAAGCCUGAGAAUGAUCGUGGGGAAGAGAUUUUCAAGCAGUAAAUAUGGGGAAGAGAACAGCGAAGCCUGCAGGUACAAGAAGGCCAUUGCAGAAGCUCUAUAUCUGGCUGGGACGUUUGUGGCGUCGGAUGCGAUUCCAUGGGUGGAAUGGAUGGAUCUUAAAGGGCAUAUCGCUGCAAUGAAGAGGACUGGCAAGGAACUUGACGCAGUCAUUGAGACUUGGCUAGAGGAACAUGUGAAUAAAAGAUUGGUCAAAGAUGAGAAGAAUGGUGAAGGCGACUUGAUGGACAUUAUGCUUGAAAACCUUGAAGAAGAUGUUGUGAUGUCUGGUCAUACACGUGAUAUUGUCAUCAAGGCAACUACUUUGAUUCUUACCCUCACCGGAGCUGGAAGCACAGCAGUGACAUUGACAUGGGCACUAUCAUUGCUACUAAACAACCCAAACGUGCUAAAAGCAGCCCAAGAAGAGUUAGACGUCCAUGUUGGGAAACAAAAAUGGGUGCAAGAAUCAGACAUUCCGCAACUCAAAUAUCUGCAGGCCAUUGUUAAAGAAACCCUACGCUUGUACCCACCUGGCCCUCUAACAGGAAUACGAGAGGCCAUGGACGACUGCUACGUGGGUGGCUAUCAUGUCUCCAAGGGGACACGACUAGUUGUUAACAUAUGGAAGCUACAUCGAGACCCUCUUGUCUGGAAAGAUCCAAACUUGUUUCAACCCGAGAGAUUUCUGACCACUCAUGCUCAUCUUGAUGUUAGAGGUCAAAAUUUUGAAUAUAUUCCUUUCAGUUCAGGGAGAAGAUCAUGUCCUGCUAUUAAUUUUGGCUUGCAAGUGGUUCAAUUGACUCUUGCUAGGCUUCUUCAGGGAUUUGAUUUGACGACAAUUGGAGGCUUGCCUGUGGAUAUGAAGGAAGGCUUGGGAAUUGCCUUGCCAAAGGUAGAUCCCGUUGAAGUUAUCAUCGAACCACGCCUCGCUUUGGAGCUCUAUCAAUGUCUUUGAAUCAAUUACUUAUCAUGUUAUAGGUCUAAAACAUUGAAAAAGAUAAGCUUGUUUAGAUCGAGUCCACAUGGACGUGUAGAAUAAAAUAAUAGUGAAAUUUAUAUGAAAUUCUAUGCAGUUAUGCUACGAUUCAUAUAAAUUCGAUUUAAGUAAGAAUUAGUCUGUAUUAAUGUUGUCCCAGUGUAAUAAAUAAAGACAUCACAGCAAUAAAGGUCUAUGCCACUUUUUUUUUUUUUUUUUU